ACGAAACGAAGUACACGAAAGUAGAUUAAAAAUAUUUUCAGCGGGUGAUUCCAUUGAUGUCUCUGACUGCUAAGCAGUAUAGACAUGAUCUCUUUAUUAAAGGUGAUGGUUCUGCUCUAGUUUUUCAUAUCCCACCAGGACAGACAAAAAAGGAACUAAUCCCUUUGAUCAAACAUGGUGGAGGUGUAGUUACAAGUAAAAAUAAUGAAUGUGCAAUCAGACUUGCGGACAAGAACUUGGGAGAGUCUGCUGUAAAGUACCAAAACCUCUUUUGGCCAUCCUAUGUGCUUGACUGUGUGAAUCAGAACACACUUUUGGACCUUGAACAAUAUAGAUGCAGUAAUGGAACUUGCCAUCCGCAGAAAAUGACUGAUUCAGAAACUGACAGUGACAUGAGUCCUCCCACUACUAUCAAAAUGCCACAUGGAAAAAGAGGACGUGCACCUUUUUCAAUUGCAGAAGAUUUGAAAAUUCUCCAAUAUGUGGUUGAAAACAGGGUCAUUGACAAAACUGGUGGAAAGGCUAUAUGGAAACAGAUGGAAAGCCUGAAGCUAACAAAACAUUCUGGAGAGAGUAUGCGAUCCCGCUUCUUAAAAAAAAUUAUGAACACACUGGAUAUCUAUGACAUUCCUAACCAGUGGAAAUCUUACUUGACUGGCAACACAGCUGUUGCAGCCAUUGAUUCAGAGAAAACAGACUUGUCUGACAACACAGCCAAAGACUCUACAGCUUACAUAGAAAACACAGAUGCAGAGGCAAGGGAAGAUGAAACAGGAGUUGUGGAAGAAACUCCAGAGAUGAGGUCAGGUUCAGGUUCUGUAACAUUACAUGGCAGUGAUCAAGGAAGCCAAACUUCCAUCAGUAAUGCUGUUUUGUCUGCAUGUAGCCCUAACAACACAAACUCUACUCUAGAUGACCUACAUCACAGCAGAGAAGUUGAUUUAGAGAGUGAGGAGUAUGAUGACUUUGACAUGAGCUUGCUUCAAAUGGCAAAAACGUCAUCAAUCGGCAGUACUACAGAACCAAGUGGUCUUUCAACAAAAUCUAACAGUAUGGAGGAUGUAUCUGAAAAACAGGAUGGUCCAGUCAAAAGCCACUCAGAAAUUACAAAAGCUAAAGAAAGGAGCCAAGUGUCAAAAGAUGCUACAUCAGCAAUUCCAUCAAGUUUUGAUGACUCUGAUUUUAUUUUUGACAGUGAGCAAACUGAGUCACCAAAUCUGCAGAAGAAACAAUCUGAGGAGAGACCUCAGAACAGACUUAAAAGGAGGACUACUAGAACAUCCUUGUCUCAGCGCCAUGUUCAAGCUGAUGUGAGUACUCAGAAGAAAAGCUUGGAUAAAAAUGAAAAUAUGGCAGCUGAUUUACAGGGACAACAUAAAUAUCAUUUUGCCUUGCAAACAAGAAGUGGAAUUGUUUCCCAGCAGAAUGGAAGGGCCAAUGGCAGGUCGUCUAGAAAGAAACAUCAGAAAAAGGGAGCACCAUCAAGUCAGAUUGUUCAGAACUCGCCAAAGAGAAAAAGCAGAAAGAAGAAAAAAGAUGAUGAUGAGUCAGAGUCAAAUUGCAGUGAUGCGGAAGAGAAAUCUGCAUCUGCCGCAUCAAAAGGAUCCAGUGAAAAACAGUUAAAAAUAAUCUUGUCAUCAUCAGAGUGUGAGAAAUUGAUAACAGCAAAAUCUCCAUCUGUAGCUCAGUCCUCACCAAAGAGAAACCUACAGCCAUCGGCAGCAUGUACCCUCACAACCCCACCUAGACGAUGUUCCAGAUUAUCCUUGUCUUCAUCCAAAGUCUUGCCUGGAUUGUCACCACAGAAAGAAGGUUCCGGUACAUCUCUUGGAGGUCAAAGGUCAAAACCAACUUCUCCAUCAGACCCAAAGAUGCGAAAAAGGAAAGGUUCACAUAAUCAGUCUGUUUCCACAAUUUCUGCAAGAAAAAGACUGCAACUAGCACCUGAAUCUGACUCUUCACUGGAAAAUGACUCAUUCAUUGAAGACAAACAAACAGUAGAGCUUUUGGCACAAGAAUUUGGCUUCACAUUAUCAGAAGCUUGUAGCAUCUUGUGGCAGUUUAGUGGAAACAGAGAAGCAGCUCGCUACUGGAUAAUGACAGAUCACUUGUUGCGAGGUCACUACCUGUGGACAGAGGAGGACGACAAAGCUGUCCUAGAGUCUGGAGCGGACUUCUCUCAUCUGGAAAACUUGAAAUGCCAGCGAGGUGAGGCAGCCGUCAACGCUCGCCGACAAUGGCUUCAGGAGGACAGCUAAUUACUCUCACAUCAUUUUCAAAAGGAAACGUCUUUUGGCAGCUCCCAGCUUCAGAUGUGCAUGAUAUACCUUUUGGGAGGGAAGAUGAAAUCUGAUUUUUGUCAUUUUCAGAUGUUCAUCACAGCUUAGAAGCCGUGCUGACUUAAUGGCAUGUUAUUGUUAAUGACAAAUCCGGCCUGAAGGUCUGGCAGAACUUGGCAGCUACGGUUGUGUGGGAAAAGCACAUUGUAUUUCUGUGAGAAGGUGAACAGUCUUUUGGAAAACAGUAUAUGGAAACUAAACAGUGACGGCGUGAAAAAGUGUGCACUGCGGAACAAUUGUAAAUCUUCCUAACAAUUAUAAAGAAAAAAAAAUAUAAAUUCUGUCUCAGGA